AUGGCCGGGAAUGGGAAGGUUACUAUUUCUAUCGACCGGGGUGGCACAUUUACUGAUGUGCAUGCCAUUGUCCCCGGUCGCCCUGACAUCAUUCUAAAGUUACUUUCUGUUGACCCUUCCCACUAUCAAGAUGCUCCCACCGAGGGUGUUCGACAGAUCCUCGAGAUGGUCACGGGUGAGUCAUACCCACGAGGAAAGCCUCUCAAGCUGGAUGCUAUCGGCAGUCUACGCAUGGGGACUACAGUGGCCACCAAUGCCUUGCUGGAGAGGAAAGGUGCUCGAUCCGCACUCUUAACGACAAAGGGAUUCCGUGAUCUUUUGAAGAUCGGUGACCAAUCGCGUCCUAACAUUUUCGACUUGUCCAUGGCCCGACCAGGCGUUCUGCCCGAGGGAGUGGUGGAAAUCAAUGAGCGGGUGGUUCCCUGUCACCCAUCCGCCAGUAGAGACUCAUUUUCUGGUUGUCGUCUCGUGGAGGGCGUGACGGGUGAGAAGUUUCGCGUCGUACAGGAGUUGGAUGUGGACGAGGUCCGAUCCGAGCUUCACCGAUUGAAGGAGCAAGGGUACCAGUCCUUGUCUGUUGCCUUGGUUCAUUCGUUUGCCUAUCCGCAACAUGAACGUGUGAUCGGGGAACUGGCCGAGGGCAUGGGGUUCUCCGUUACUUUGUCUUCCAAGUUGCAACCAAUGAUUAAAAUUGUGCCUCGAGGCAUGUCCGCUGCUGCUGAUGCCUAUCUGACUCCAGUUAUCAAGACCUACAUAGACUCGAUUUCGUCCAGCUUUGAAGGCGGCCUGGAACGACAGCGAGAAUGCCGGUUCGAGUUCAUGCAGUCGGAUGGUGGACUUGUCGACUUCCGCAAGUUUAGUGGGUUGAAGGCGAUCCUUUCUGGUCCAGCUGCCGGCGUGGUGGGUUUCGCAGCGACCAGCUAUGAUCCCACGGAACAGACACCAGUGAUUGGCUUCGAUAUGGGCGGUACCUCUACCGAUGUAUCUCGAUAUGAUGGCCAUCUGGAACAUGUAUUUGGAUCCAAGCUCGCCGGCGUUCUCAUUCAAUCUCCACAGCUCGACAUCAAUACUGUCGCCGCAGGUGGUGGCUCGAUCUUGGCAUACCGCAACGGACUUUUCUACGUCGGACCCGAAUCAGCAUCCGCUCACCCCGGUCCUGCUUGCUACCGCAAGGGGGGUCCCUUGACAGUUACAGACGCUAACCUGUUCCUUGGCCGUCUGCUGCCUGAAUAUUUCCCACAUAUCUUUGGCCCUAACGAGGACCAGCCGCUCGACCUUGAAGCAACAACCAAGCUUUUUACCGAAUUAACCGAGAAGAUUAACAAGGAGCGUAGGGAAACCGGCCAGUCGGAAUACACGCCAGAAGAGAUUGCACUGGGAUUCUUGAAGGUUGCGGAUGAGUCCAUGGCUCGCCCUAUUCGGAAUCUUACCGAAGCUCGUGGUUUCGAAACCGCAUCGCAUCAUUUGGCUUGCUUUGGUGGAGCAGGUGGCCAACAUGCAUGCUCUGUUGCAGCUUCUUUAGGCAUUUCUCGCAUCAUUAUCCACAAAUAUUCCUCUGUGCUCUCGGCUUACGGCUUGGCCCUGGCCGAGGUUGUGAAGGAGUCACAGGAGCCGGUUUCCACGGAUUAUUUGAGCUCUCAAUCAGCGCUCGAAAAGCGAUUUAGCGAAAUGACUAAGUUGGCGACAGAAGAUAUGAAUAUCCAAGGCUUUUCGAACGAGCAGGUCCGACACGAGCUUUAUCUCAACAUGCGUUAUGAUGGCUCAGAUACCAGCCUCAUGAUCCUGAAGCCGGAAGAUGGCUCUGGUUUCUUGGAGCGAUUCCGGGUUCGCCACCGGAGGGAGUUCAAUUUCAACUCGGACCGCCCUGUCCUUGUUGAUGAUAUUCGUGUGCGUACGAUCGCUGCGUCAAAGGUGCGGACGGAGAAGAGCCCCCUUGCGCAGCUGAAGGAGGCCUCCUUGAAGGAUGUCGCUACCUCCCCGGAUAACACCUCAAAGGCCUACUUUGAUGGCUGUUCCAGUCGUAUCGACACGCCUGUCUAUCUAUUGGACAAGCUUGACAAGAGUACGCGUGUCCAUGGUCCCGCUGUGAUCAUUGAUAAGACGCAGACUAUCGUGGUGGCUCCGGAUUCGGUGGCCAGUAUUUUGGACACUUGCAUUGUCAUUGACUUGAAAGAGUCCCAAAGUGGCUCGACUGUCAGUGGCGUUCCUUCAGGAAUUGAUCCUAUUCGCUUGAGUAUUUUCGGUCAUCGGUUCAUGUCGAUUGCGGAGCAGAUGGGCCGUACGCUACAGAAGACAUCUGUAUCCACAAAUAUCAAGGAGCGUUUAGACUUCUCCUGUGCUCUAUUUUCUCCUGACGGAGGACUGGUUGCCAAUGCACCCCACGUUCCAGUCCAUCUUGGCUCCAUGCAGUUCGCUGUUCGCUUCCAACACAAGAAAUGGCUUGGGCAAUUGAAGGAUGGCGAUGUCCUGGUUGCCAACCAUCCUAGCUCCGGCGGAACGCAUUUGCCGGACAUCACAGUCAUCACCCCUGUUUUCGAUAGGCCUGGCGGCAGCGAAAUCAUGUUCUAUGUGGCAUCUCGCGGCCAUCAUGCCGAUAUUGGAGGCAUUCUUCCGGGAUCCAUGCCACCCAAGUCGACCGAGCUCUGGCAGGAAGGAGCCGCGAUUGAGGGUGACAAGGUUGUUAGCAACGGAGUCUUCGACGAGGAUCGCAUGAUCGAGCUUUUGGUCCGGAAGCCAGCAGAACAUCCAGGAUGCUCUGGAGCUCGAUGCGUCAGCGACAACAUUUCCGACCUGAAAGCACAAAUUGCCGCUAAUACCCGUGGUAUCACUUUAAUCCAAGGUCUUUUUGCUGAAUACGGCGUUGAAACAGUCCAGAAAUACAUGUACGCAAUUCAGGAAACCGCCGAAACUGCCGUUCGCAAUCUCCUAAAAGAUCUCCAUCAUCGUUUCGGCGGUCAGCCAUUGGAAGCAGUCGACUACAUGGACGAUGGAACCCCCAUCAAAUUGAAAAUCACCAUCAACGGGUCUGACGGAUCUGCUGUCUUUGAUUUUGCAGGGACCGGGCCUGAAGUGUACGGUGGAUGGAAUGCUCCCAUUGCCAUAACCCACUCUGCCAUCAUCUACUGUUUGAGGUGUAUGAUCAAUGCAGACGUUCCUCUCAACCAGGGAUGCUUGGCCCCUAUUGAUAUCCAAGUACCAUCGCCCAGUAUUCUCGCACCCACGAAGACCGCCGCCGUUGUUGGAGGAAACGUCGUGACCUCACAGCGUAUCACCGACGUUGUUCUAAAAGCCUUCCAUGCCUGUGCAGCAUCCCAGGGAUGCUGCAACAACCUGACAUUUGGCACGAACUCCAAAACUGACACAGAGACCGGCAAGAUAACCCCCGGCUUCGGAUACUAUGAAACCAUUGCGGGAGGCAGCGGCGCCGGACCAACAUGGAAGGGUGAAUCGGGUAUCCACGUGCACAUGACUAACACUCGUAUCACGGACCCGGAGAUUCUCGAGAAACGAUAUCCGACACUGCUCCGUCAGUUCACGCUUCGUUCCGGGUCCGGAGGUAAGGGUCUGAACCCUGGUGGUGACGGAGUGGUUCGCGAUAUCGAGUUCCUGGCGCCUAUGGAAUGCUCGAUCUUGUCGGAGCGACGUGUCCACCGUCCUUACGGACUUGAAGGCGGAGAGGACGCUCAAUCUGGUCUUAAUCUGUGGGUUUCUCGGGACCGCGAGACUGGUCAAGAAAGGGUUGUGAAUAUCGGUGGUAAAAAUACGGUGUCUGUGCAGACUCAUGAUCGGGUGGUUAUCAUGACUGCUGGUGGAGGUGGCUGGGGAGCUGCACAAUAG